AUGCAUUCUUGUGGUGAGAGGAAGAUGAUGAAGAUAAUAUGGAGCUUGUGUUUAAUCUUCUCCCUUUUCAACUCGGUGUUUGGUUUUGCUUCUCCCGCAAGGCACUUGUGUCGUCCAGACCAGCUGAGAGAUGCCCUUUUGGAGUUCAAGAGUGGAUUCCAUUUUAAUAGGACGGUUGCUGGUGGAGAAACAACACUGAUUGCUGUUCUUGGGAUGAGUCUUGAUCUUAGCUACAAUAGUCUUUCUGGUGUUCUACUUGAUUCGAUGGGCAACCUAAACCGGCUGACAAAGUUGCAACUUGACAGCAACAAGCUCACUGGGAACUUUCCUUUUCUGUUACUCAAUUUGAGCAAGCUCUCAGAGAUCUCCAUUGGUUCUAACCAGUUCCAAGGUAUGCUCCCGUCUAACAUGAGUAGCCUCUCUAAAUUGGAGUCUUUUUAUAUACAAGGAAACUCAUUUCAUGGAUCUGUUCCAUCGUCUCUCUUCAUGAUCCCUUCAUGA